AGAAAAAAUAAAGACCCACACAGAUACAAAGCCACAAAUUCUGGAGCCCAUCCCAUCACAGCACCAGAAAGAAAAGAAGAGUCAGGCGCCUGGUUAGAGCAGUUCCUCUUCCUCAGGCGCUGCCAGUAAGACAUCCUUAUGACAGGAAGCAGAAACCAGCCUGCCUAGGUCACACAUUUUGUGUCUGUGUGUGUUUGGAAAGGAGGCCAAUCAUCUGCACACUUGUGGCAACUGGAAGAGACCAUGAAUCCCUUUCUUACAGUCCUGCUGUAUCUUGCACUGAGUCUGGACCUCAGGAUCCCAGUACUGGCAGGGACUCUCUCUAAACCUACACUCAAGGCAGUGCCAAGAAAUGUGGUAGCCAUUGGGAACCAGGUGACAUUCUCCUGUGAUGGGCCCUUAGAGGCCAAGGAAUAUGUUCUCUACAAAGAAGGAAGUCCAGAUUACCCAAUACCAACAACCCUUCUAAAAACUGAAAACAAAGCCACAUUCUCCAUCUCAUCGGUUGAAUGGAACUAUGCAGGCCGAUAUUGGUGUGAAUAUAAAAGCAAUAAUGAUAUGUCAGAAAGAAGUGAAUGCCUGGAACUGGUGGUGACAGGUAUCUACUCAAGCAAAGUCACCUUGUCUGCCAUUACCAGCUCUGUGGUGACCUCAGGAGGGCACGUGACCCUUCAGUGUGUCUCAGACCACACAUAUAGCAUGUUCAUUCUAAUGAAGGAAGAUGAGAAUUUCUCCAGGCCUUUGCCCUCACAGAAUAUAUACCCUGAGCUCUUUGGAGCCGUGUUCACAGUGGGUCCUGUGACCCCCAACCAGAGAUGGAGAUUCACAUGCUAUGGCUCUUAUUUGACCAUGCCCCAGGCAUGGUCAGUGCCCAGUAACCACCUAGAGAUCCUGGUCUCAGGGAUCCUUCAUAAAUCCACCAUCUGGGCUCAUCCUGGCUCUGUGAUCCCCUCAGGGAGUCCUGUUACCAUCUGGUGUCAGGCGACCCUGGGAGCACAAAUGUAUGUGAUAUAUAAAGAGGGAAGCCAAGAGCCCUGGGACCAACAGACUCAAACAGACAACAGCACUGAGGCAAAACUCACCAUUCCAUCUGUGACACAAGUGCAGGCAGGCCGGUAUCACUGUUACACCUACACCUCUGUGGGAUGGUCACAGCGCAGUGACCCCUUAGAGCUGGUGGUGACAGGAGUCUACAACAAGCCCACCCUGUCAACCAUGCAAAAUCCUGUUGUAAACAUAAGAGGGUCUGUGUCCCUAUCUUGUACCUCAAGUCAGAGAUAUGACUGGUUCGUUUUAACUAAGAAUGGUCAGAAGUUCUCCAUCCCUCAGAGCUCAAGACACAUGCACACUGGCAUGUUCCUGGCAGAGUUUCCAGUGGGUCCAGUGACCUCUAGCCAGAGGUGGAGGUUCAGAUGCUAUGGCUAUUACACAAAUAACUCUCAGGUGUGGUCAGAAGGGAGCGAGGUCCUGGAGCUCCUGGUCUCAGGAGUUUACCCCACCAACAUCACCCUGUCAGCCCUUUCCAGCCCUGUGGUGACCUCAGGAGGAAAUGUGACCUUUCAGUGUGUCUCACAAAAGGCAUAUUACAGGUUCAUUCCAAUGAAGGAAGAUGAGAAGUUCUCCAGGCCUUUGCCCUCACAGAAAAUACACCCUAAGCUAUUUGGAGCUGUGUUCACAGUGGGUCCUGUGACCCCCAACCAGAGGUGGAGGUUCACAUGCUAUGGCUAUGAUUGGAGCAGCACACAGGCGUGGUCAGUGCCCAGUAACUCCCUAGAGCUCCUGGUCUCAGGGACCCUCCAGAAACCCACCAUCUGGGCUGAGCCAGGCUCUGUGAUCACCUCAGGGAAUCCUGUGACAAUCUGGUGUGAGGGAAUUAAGAAAACCCAAAUGUAUAUCCUGUAUAAAGAAGGAAGCCCACCACCCUGGAACAGAUUAAGUGCACCAGUGCCUGAUCACAAGGCCAAAUUUUUCAUCCCAUCAAUGAGAGAACACAAUGCAGGACGAUAUUACUGUUACUGUUAUACCUCUGUUGGGUGGACACAGAGCAGUGACGCCCUGGAGCUGGUGGUGACAGGUGUCCACCAUGACAAACCUACUCUGUCAGCUUUUCCCUGCCCUGUGAUGACCUCAGUUGGGAAUGUAACCCUUCAGUGUGUCUCUUCCAAAGCAUAUGAUACAUUCAUUUUGACUGGGGAAGAUCUGAAGUUCUCCAGGUCCCAAAAAGCACAGCUCAUACAUACCGGACAGUCCUUAGCUCUGUUUCCUGAGAUCUCCAUGACAUCCAGCAAGAGUGGUCCCUUCAGAUGUUAUGGAUACUAUACAAAUACCUCACAUGUGUGGUCAGAGGCCAGUGACCCAUUGGAGCUUCAUUUCUCAGCCUCACAGUCCCAGGAUCACACAGUGGAGAACCUCAUCAGGAUGGGCAUGGCUGGCUUGAUCCUCAUAGUUCUUGGGAUUGUGCUGUUUGAGGCUUGCCACAGACAGAGAAGGUCCUUGAAUGCAUCCUAGAAGUGAAGAAGAGAGACAGCCAUAGUCCUUGCCUGGUGACCAAGUCUGGGACAUAAAUUUGAGUAUCUCAGGUGUUAUUUACCAGAAGAUUCCAUGUUUAAUAUUGGGCAUCAGUUGUGAGAAAGGAUUCAGGAAAUAAAUUUAUUUUGGGUGCAGAAAAAGACAUGAAUGUUGUGGCAGCUGGCUCCUCUACUACCACAUUAGAGGUCUUCCAUUCUACCUUGCUGUGGAUUUGAAGAUUUUUCCUUCCUUUCUUUUCAUUCUAUAAUGUGGGGAACAUAACGUCCCACCAGUGAGAUUUGGGUCCUCAUCUCUUUAUA